UACCAAUCGGGUAGUUUAAAUAGUUUUUGGCAAACAUAUAAAUGUAUUUUCUCAUUUUCUCAUUUUUUUCUUUUAGUUUUGCCUUGACAAUCAAUGACACACGAUAACCUUUAUUUGGGGCUUGAUCUAUCUACUCAACAACUCAAGUGUACACUUAUUAACGAGAAACACGAUAUUGUUUAUGAAGAAGCAGUUCACUUUGACCGAGAUUUACCAGAGUUUCAAACAAAACAUGGUGCUAUUGUCAACGAUAACGUAGUCACUUCACCUACGCUUAUGUGGGUUAAAGCACUUGAUUUGUUAUUGAUGCGUUUAAAAGAUACAAAACAUAUUGCUCAUAUCCGAGGUAUAUCCGGUGCUGGUCAACAACAUGGCAGUGUCUACUGGAGCCAAUGUGGUAUAGAUAAACUCGGACAGCUAGAUCCUACUCAAUCUUUAGCUGACCAAUUGAAGAACGCGUUUUCUAUUCCUCAAUCACCUAUUUGGCAAGAUGCUAGUACAACUAAAGAAUGUCGUGCUUUAGAACACUCUGUAGGUGGUCCUGAAAAAUUAGCUCAAUUGACUGGUUCAAAAGCUUAUGAAAGAUUCACUGGAAACCAAAUUGCAAAAAUUUAUCAUCAACAGAAGACUGCAUACGACCAGACAGUACGGAUUAACCUUGUGAGCUCCAUGUUAGCAACACUUUUGCUUGGUCAAUUUAGCCCAGUAGAUGCAGCUGAGGGUUCAGGAACAAACAUGAUGAAUAUUCACACACAUAAAUGGGAUAAAAAUCUAUUGCACGAAUGUGGUGGUGAUACUCUAAAUGAAAAAUUAGCAGAAGAACCAGUAGAAGGUGGUACUGUUCUCGGAAACAUUCACCCUUAUUAUGUUGAACGAUACGGCUUUGAUUCAGAAUGCAAAAUCAUGCCUUUUACGGGUGACAAUUCAGCUACGCUUGUCUCUAUGAACCUGAUAGAAGGUGACUGUGUCGUUUCUCUUGGUACCUCAGAUACAGUCUUGGUCUAUUUGAAAAAGGGUGCUGCCGCCACUACCGAAUCUCAUUUGAUGGCUCAUCCAACCGACCCUGAAGGCUUUAUGGGUAUGCUUUGUUACAAGAAUGGCUCACUCACAAGAGAGCACAUUCGAAACACAUAUGCUGAUUCAAAUUGGGACACAUUCAAUGAACUGUUGACCAAAGAACAAGCUAUACUUAAUAACCGCAUUGGAUACUACUAUUGGAUGCAAGAAAUUGUUCCAUUUGCCAAAGGGAUUUAUCGAUUUGAACACGGAAAUCGUGUAGAAGAAUUCACAGAGAAACAAGCUAAUGUAAAAGCCAUUGUUGAAUCUCAAUUUAUGUCUAUGAAAAUCAGAAUGCGACGUAUGGGCGGUGAUCACAUCAAGCGUAUCUUGGCCUCAGGUGGAGCUGCUAGUAAUCGUACGAUACUGCAAUUAUUGUCUGAUAUCUUUGGCUUGCCUGUUUAUCGACAAAAGGGUAUGAAUGGGGCCAGUUUGGGUGGUGCAUUGUUAGCGAAAUUCGCGUUGCAAUCAAAAUCGUUUGAAGAUAUGAUGGCGGAGUUCCCAUCUGUAGGUUUAGACCUUAUCUGUGAGCCAAACUUGAGCCAAACAAAAAAAUAUACAGAUUACGUGAACCAGUUUAUCGAAUUAGAAAACUUGGUGGUUGAACAAGGAUAUUAACGCGAGGGGGAUUGUUUCUUUUUUGUUUCUUUUGUCUUGGUUUCUUCCAUCAUGUGUAACGUGAACUUUUUUUUGUUUUGUUUUAUUUUGGUAUCCUGACUUUUUUUUUGAAAAUAAAACGGAUUGAAUAGACUAGAAUUUGCUAGAUAAAAAA